AUGAGUGCCAACAGUGGUCAAGUACCUACAGACAGCGACCCCACAAGGCCUCGAGCACAAUCCACAAACUCCUUCGCCUCGUCCUUCAAAUCUCCUCGAGUCGCUCGUUUCGCAGAAGCAACCACCGUCAACUCACCAAUCGAGCCACCUCGAUUAUCUUUUAUAGCCGCACCGACAAACCACUUCCGGCCGCAGCCGCAACCGUCUGACAUCGGAUUUGGGUACAUUGAUGACAAGCACACCUCACACGUAACUGUCGAGAUGGAAGAUACAGAUUACAACCACCUGCCCAGGGGCAGAAGUGAAGCACCUUUGAGUCCGCCACUGAAGAGUGCGAUGAAAACACCUGGAGUAGCGCCGAGAAACUUCGGUAACAUCAUGAGUCCAACCUUCAGGGAAGAACACGUUUUGGAGAAGAGAGAGCUUGCUACCGAGAAGGAGCAAGCCAAGGAUAUUAAAAUCAAAACUCGCGUCCGUGCAGCGAAGGUGUUUCUACGCAGCAUCAAUUUCGCAUGCUCCCUCAUUGUACUCGCGAUGAUCGGAACAACAUUUGCUAUCUUCAAUGCGACCAAGAAGCUAUCGCCUCGUAGCAAUCUCCCUCCGUGGGCCGUCGGGACGAGUCCUUGGCCACAAAUCCUUCUUCUUGUCAUUGCAUGUGUGUCGUUGGUAUUCUGCAUCGCCAUAUUCUGGGGAUACUUCAAAGGAGGUCACAAGCGAGCUGAAAAGGUCCAAACCUACUAUACUGUUUUCGCAGUUGGGUUCUUCGUUUUCAGCAUCAUCAUGUGGGGAGUCGGUGCUGGUGUCCUCAACACUACCAAGAGCAAUAGCAACGGACAAGAUCUCUGGGGGUGGUCUUGCAAGGAGAACAAGCGAAAAGAACUCUUCGCUGCUGAUGUCGACUAUGCACUCGUCUGCCGCCUACAGAACUGGUCCCUGGUAUGUGCGGUCAUCGAGAUUGUUGUGGAACUUUCUGCGAUCGGUGUCUACUCGUUCGUCUUCUACCGCAUCUGGUCGAAGAGAAAGCUGAGAAAGUCGAUGGCUGUCCGUGACCGUGCCCGUUCGGAUUUGUACCUUGCUCAACUGCGCUCUCAAUCCGCACCAAACACACCUGGACUGAAUGGUCCCCUCAGUCCUAGAGACGGCGGCUGGAGGCCACCUGUGGACUACUACAAGGCCGGGCCUUCAGUCGAGGCAGGUCCUGUCGAAGACGAGAGCACUCGAUACGUUGAUGCUUCUCAACAGCCUCCACCCCCCAAGCCAUUCGUGCUGCAACCGCCGCCUACUAAGGGCUCGACACCAAAGAUACAGCAGACCGGAUUCACGCCUCUCAAUUACUCUUCGCCCACAGACUCUCGAUCUCCUUCGCCAGUACAAGCCCAACCUACCGAGCAACAGCAAGGACACUUUGCCGCUGCCCCCGGUGAACAUGUCUAUGAAUCUGUUCCGAUCCCUGGAUCAUAUGCUAGCCCAUUGAACUCGCCAACAGUCGCACCAAGGCAAAUGAGCUUUCCUCAUGUGAGCAGAUAG